AUGAAGUUCUCACUCACCACGCUCUUCGUCGCCGUCGUGGCUGUUUCCGCUCUUCCAGGCGCGCCUGUCCAGAAGCGCGAGAACUGCGGGAACGGUGACUUUGACAUAUGCUGCGACUUCGACACGGGCUGCCGCUACGCCAGCACCUGCCUUCUGGAGUGUACAACUGGUGAUGUCGGCGGCGACCUUGGGUGCAUUGCUGCUUGCAACACGAUUUGCCCGAAAGAGGAAGAGUGUCCGUAG